AUGAAGUUCUCCAUUAUUGCACUUGCUACCCUCUUGCCCGCGACGGCCCUUGGCGCAGCAAUGCCUGAAGAUGCUGCGGAUGCCGCCCCUACUUAUUAUACCGGAUCAGAUAUUUCUGCCCUCAACAUCGAAGAACGAGACCUGGAGAAGAGAGCUGUCAGUGGGUAUGUCAAGACCGACGGACUCCGCUACCGCACUUGUCCCCGGACCACCUGCACUGCUGUUGGUCAAUACGCGAAGGGAACUAAGCUCAGCUUGGUCUGCUACACUCGGUCUAACACUACACCAGUCAAUGGUGACAAGGGUUGGGCCAAGUUGACGAAUGGUUACUGGGUUGCAAUGGCGAAUGCUGCUUAUAUCGGAUGGAGCGGCCCACUUAACGCCUGUUAA